CCAGCCACACAGUGACAAGGUUCUAUCUCAGAUAGGAUAUUGUUAUGAUGAGGUUUCUGUUUGGAUUGUUCUCAUUGGUCCUCUGGUCGCCGGUCACGUGGGCGGAUGUUGACGUCAACGUCAGCAGCCAUUGGGCCGGGGGUUUCCAGGCGCAGGCGUGUUUUGACAUCACACAAGAGCUCCACGAAUGGACGAUAACUCUUACCUUUGAUCAGAAAAUCGACAGUCUGUUUGCUUGGGUGGCUGACGUCCUUGAGGUCAAAGACGACGGCAAGGUCUAUGUCCUCCACAGCCAAUCGUGGAGCCAGGAUGAACACGUCGGAGAUCAUCUGUGUGUUGACAUGAUCGGUCACGGUGAUAACUUCUCUCUCCCUAACGCCACGGCAUCGCUGAACGCGGUAGUAGGAGGUGGAGGGAUAGUCACUACGACGGUUAUAACAGUAAUUCUCCCACCUGGUAAUGGGGUACAUGCCAGUCUUACAGUGGCUAUAUAUAACCCGGACAACAUCCAAGGCUACUUCGACUUUGAUGUCGUUGAGGACAUCUUUGGAUGGGUCAUCAACAUUACUUUCAGCAAACCUUUCAGUAAUAUGACGAACUUCGAGGUGGGUGAUGUCCUGUCCCACUCAGCAGACGGCUACAACUGGCUGGUGGUCAACCGUCCGGAGCACGUCUCCUACCACGCUGGUUCCAAGCUUCACCUCAAGUUUGACGCCCAGUACGGGGGUGGGGGUGUGACUGGUCAAGCUGUCCUGAUCAACUUGGGUAAAGAUAACAUCACUGUCCACGAGGCGCCCAACACCGACAACUCUAAAUACAACUACAACGACUUGCUCCAGAAGUCCAUCCUGUUUUAUGAGGCCCAGCGGUCAGGCAAACUACCGGCCACCAACAGAAUCCCGUGGAGGGGCGACUCGGCUCUGGGGGAUAAGGGCAGUGCUGGGGAGGACUUGACUGGGGGAUGGUAUGACGCCGGCGACCACGUCAAGUUCAACUUCCCCAUGGCCUACUCGGCCACCAUCCUGGCCUGGAGUUACCUGAUGUACAAGGACGCCUACGUCUCAGCUGGUCAGGCGGACUACCUGCUGGACUGUAUCAAGUGGCCGCUGGACUACCUGCUCAAAUGUCACACUGGCCCAGAGGAGCUGUACGUCCAGGUGGGGGACGGCGGGGCUGACCACGGCUACUGGGGACCACCAGAGCUGAUGACCAUGGCGCGGCCAGCCUUCAAGAUCACCACCAGCAAGCCUGGCAGUGAGAUCUCCAUGGACACGGCAGCGGCAUUUGCUACUGGCUACCUGGCGUUUAAGGACAAAGAACCGACCUACGCAGCCACUCUACUCACCCACGCCAAACAGUUGUGGGACUUUGGUAUGAAGUACCGUGGCAAGUACAGCGAGUCUGUCAGCGCUGCGGCAGGUUUUUACAGUUCCAACAACAUAACGGACGAGCUGUGUUGGGGAUCACUCUGGCUCUAUCAGGUGACCAACGACACCAAAUACCUGGACGAGGCCGAGAGAUACCUGGACCACGACCCGGCCUGGGGGAUGUCUUGGGACGACAAGACCAUCGUUAACCAGAUCCUCCUGUACAAGCUGACCAAGAAGGACGUCUACAAGACAGUGGUGGAGAACUCCUUCAAGAACUGGUUCCCCGGGGGUAAUGUCCCCUACACCCCCAAAGGCUUGGCCUACAGGCUGCAAUGGGGCUCGCUCAGAUAUUCCUCCAACAUGGCGAUGGCGGCGCUGGUGGCUGCCGACGCCGGCCUUCACCCUGACGAGUACAGGCGGUGGGCCAUGUGUCAGAUGCACUACGCCCUCGGCGACACGGGGUUCAGCUACGUGGUUGGGUUCGGCAGCAAGUAUCCGCUGAGGCCGCGUCACCGCUCCAGCUCCUGUCCCAAUCAACCAGCCGAAUGCGGUUCUCAAAUUAUACCUCUCAACGACCCCAACCCCCACGUCCUCUACGGUGCUUUGGUCGGAGGCCCGGGUGCGAAUGACGACUACACCGACGACAGAUCCAACUACGUCAACAACGAGGUCGCCUGUGAUUACAACGCCGGUUUCCAGGGUGCUGUUGCAGCUCUCAAGUCCCUGUACCUAAGGGGAGAUCACCCGGAACAGAAAAACAAUGCUCAUUGCCCGUACACCUCGGGCAGCGAAAAUACCGUCGUUGUUGGGUAGACGACCCACAUCACGUGAUCAGAAUUCUUAUGUCAACAAACUAACGCUCAACUUCAUUAGGUAUUCAUUCAUUUUUAAAGUCAACCACGAGUACAGAAGGACGCAUGUGGAGACACCUCAUGAUCUGCCACCUUGACACCAGCAAGUGGUGGUUUAUUCAACACACCAAAUAUAAACUUUACUCGAUACUGUAGGAAUUUCCAACAUUUUUAUUGCAUUUAAAAUAACUUAUCGGAUGUCUUUAAAAACAAGUAACAUUAUAUAACAGUUUACAUUUUCACGUUAAAAAUAAAUACCACAAAAAAAAAAAACAACGAAUUCAUAAGUGUUAUCAAAACAAGCAUCUGUGCACUAUUCAUUUUCUGUAUUUAUCGAUUAUUUUCACUUUCUUAUUCAUUUAAGUUUUAACACAAUAAUUAAGGUACAAAUGAACGUACGUAUAGGCCAAACUUUUCUGAAAUUC